AAACAAGGCAAAAUGAAAAUAUGUUUUGUGUGCAUGUAAAUGUUGCUCUGAAAUGAAUGAAAUAACUGCUCCAGAAGGGCAGAAACGCCCCACCCCCUCUCAAAAAAAGUUGUGGUGAUUAAGAUGGCCCUCUACGUUACAAACUUGUUAACAACAUGUGUAACCUUAAAUAUUCCCGAGUGGAAAUAAGUUCGGAGGAACUCAAUUGAAAUAGCAAUUGGAGCAGGUAUUUCAUUUUUCCUUGAUGUCAAAUAGUAUAUAUUUGUUUUAUAAUGUCUAGUAAAUAUGGUCGGCCAUAUUCCAUUGUCAGGACAUUUCGUUGUUUUUCUUGUGCACAACGAACACUUCCAGCAGUACCACGAACGAUUUUAAACAGAACGUUGGACUCUCACCAUGCCGCAACUCCGGGGUCAGGGAUCCACUCCGUCCGUCGUCGAUCAUUUUUAUUCGCGGCGAAUUCGGGAGGAGCUUGUCGGGAGAGCGGGCGACCGGCGUUAACAACUUCUUCAUCUGGGAUCUGUCGGAGUUUUUCAGACAAGGAUGACAAGAAUGUUAGAGCAUUGUUUAUUCCUGUUCCUGUAAAACCUGCUAAUAAUCCAGAUGACAUAAACAUCGGUGAAGAGCUUGGUGCAAAUUUGAAGAACAAGAAAGAUGAAUUGAUGAAGAUUCUCACAAAGUUUUCAAAAAGGCCAACUAUCCAGAGGCUUGCCGAAGAAGAAGGAUUAGAUGAUAACCUCUUUCAUCAAAGUUUCAUGAGCUUCAGGAAAUACAUCACAGAGGUGGAGUCUGUGGAGCCUGAUCUGCAUAUUAUUCUUAGUGACAUUCUGGUAGGGGCGGGGCAUAUAGAUGACAUCUUUCCAUACUUCAUACGCCAUGCCCGCCAGAUCUUUCCUGCCCUGGAUUGCAUGGACGAUCUGAAAAAGAUCAGUGACCUCACAGACCCAGCCCAAUGGUACCCUGAAGCUAGAGCCAUUGAAAGGAAGGUUGUAUUCCAUGCAGGACCUACUAACAGUGGGAAGACAUACCAUGCCUUAGAGAGAUUCAGCAGUGCAAAGUCUGGAGUCUACUGUGGUCCAUUGAAGCUGCUGGCCAGUGAAGUACACAAGAAGACUAAUGAUAGGGGUAUCAUGUGUGACUUGGUAACAGGGGAGGAGAGGAAGUACGCUCACCCAGACUCUAUCCCGUCAUCUCAUGUAGCAUGUACAGUAGAGAUGACCAGUGUUUCCCAACCAUAUGAGAUAGCAGUCAUUGAUGAAAUCCAGAUGUUAAGAGACCCUUCCAGAGGUUGGGCAUGGACAAGAGCUUUACUCGGAGUUAAUGCCAAAGAGAUUCAUCUAUGUGGAGAGCCAGCUGCUAUUGAUCUUGUCAAAGAACUCACUCUAUCAACGGGUGAUGAGCUUGAGAUACGACAUUAUAAAAGGCUGACGUCGCUACAAAUCUUGGAUCAACCAUUAGGAAACCUUGAGAAUGUGAAACCAGGUGAUUGUAUCGUUGCAUUCAGUAAGAAUGAUUUAUAUUCAAUCAGUAGACAGUUAGAAGCUAUGGGAAAGGAGUGUGCUGUUAUCUAUGGAUCAUUACCACCAGGUGCCAAACUGAGUCAAGCAGCAAAGUUCAAUGACCCCGAUGACCCCUGUAAGAUACUGGUUGCCACCGAUGCUAUUGGAAUGGGGCUCAAUCUGAGUAUUAAGAGAGUUAUCUUUAACAGUCUAAUCAGGCCAUACAUUAAUGAGAAAGGAGAGAAAGAGAUGGAUAGACUGACUACCUCACAGGCGCUUCAGAUAGCUGGUAGAGCAGGGAGAUAUGGUACUCAGUUUGAGGAAGGGGAAGCUACUACCUUCCAUGCUGAUGAUUUACCCCUCCUCAAAGAGAUUCUAGCCUGUCCUGUUGAGAAGAUAGAAGCAGGAGGUCUUCACCCUACAGCUGAACAGAUUGAACUCUUCGCCUAUCAUCUACCUGAUGCAACUCUAUCAAAUCUCAUCGAUAUCUUCAUCACACUGUCUCAAGUAGAGAAGAAUUACUUUGUAUGCAAUGUGGAUGACUUCAAGUUCUUAGCUGAUAUGAUUCAGCAUGUUCCUCUUCAUCUACGAGCCAGAUAUGUCUUCUGUUGUGCCCCUAUCAAUAGGAAACUACCUUUCAUCUGUACAAUGUUCCUCAAGUUUGCAAGGCAGUAUAGUAGAAAUCAACCUAUCACCUUUGACUGGUUCUGUCGAUCCGUUGGAUGGCCUCUAGCAGUCCCUAAGAACAUCCGUGAUCUGAUGCAUCUAGAAGCAGUUCAUGAUGUCAUGGAUCUAUAUCUAUGGUUAAGCUAUCGAUUCAUGGACAUGUUCCCAGACACCGUCCUCAUACAGGACGUCCAAGCUGAGCUAGAUAAUAUCAUUCAGAUGGGUGUGAUUAAUAUCACCAAGCUAAUAAGAGCCAGUGAGACCAGGUCUAACGGGAUGACGUCAAUACCAGAUCCUGAUAUAGAACAGAAAAAGAGCCAUGGAAAAAAAGGUGAUGUGGCUUCAUCAAAAGACCAUUCUGAAGGAGGAGCAGACAGUGUCACUAGUCACAGGAAAUCAAGAGAUUCCUACAAAGGUAGCCACACCAAGCCUCGUCAAAGACCCCAUACCUUGGACAUGGAAGGUCAGUCUAGAGAUGACCUGUCUCAGAAGCUUGGUGGACUGUCUGGACGAUUGAGCCAGGAACUGGUCAAACAAGGUUUACUGUCUGAAGACAUGCUGGAGAAGCUACAAGCGGAGUGGAAGGAAGCUAGCCGCAAGACUAGAUUGGACUUUGAUAGGGAGGAUUUUGAUGAUGGGAGCGGGAGUGAAAGCACUGGAAGGUCUGGUGGUAGAUCAAGGAGGAAACAGACUAAACGGAAGAAAUGAUGAAUUCUGAUGUAAUACCAUUCUUUUCUCUUGGACUUAACAGAGUAUCAAUGCUCUGCUCAUUGAAUAUUUGUAAUGUCACUUUAUGAAAUUUGGGGUUAUAUUAAUUUCCAUAAUUUAUGAUCAAAUCUUUAAGUGAGAUAGAACAUUUGCUGUCCACCUUGUGUAUUUAAGAACAAUUUGCACCCUUGAAGCCUUUUUCUAACCUUUUCUAUUGUUCAUUAAAAGUAUAAUUGACAAUUUGAGGCACUUCAACACUUCCACUUGAGAAUUACAUUUUAUUACAAGGUACUUGAGAAUUACAUUUUAUUACAAGGUAAUCCAAAUUUAGAGGGGUGCUAACAAAAAAUAAAUUGAUCUAACAAUUCAUCGUCUUGAGUAUAAAAUAGAACACCCUCAACUUUUCAAUGAUACCUUACAUGUAUCUCUGAAAUAAUGCACGAAUCAAUAAAUCAAUGUUCAAAACAAUGAGUACAAAUUUACAAUUUUCCAAGUUUUGACAAAUAAGACUUAGAUUUAAACUAUCACUGAUGCCUGAGUUGACAAACCGGUAUUUUAUUAAUUGAACCUUGAAACUUAAUAGACCUGUGAUAGGCUAUACUAGUGAAUGCAAGCCUGAAGAGGUUGGUUUGUUUUCUUUACUGACCUACUGUGACUUGAGACAUCAAUCACAUUCACUCUACUACCAUUAAAAAAAAAAUAAGUCUGGACCUGUUGUCUUAAGAAUGAUAUUUUCAGUCAUGUGAUGUGUCAGGGGUAUAACUAAUGCAUCAGAAGAAAACUUAAUUGUUUUUUUUUACUAUCCAGGUUAAUUCAAAUUGAUAAAUCAAUCAAAGUUUUUAUCACAAAUCCUCCAGAUUUGGAUUGCCUUUAUUUUAUACACACUAUGGAUGAUGUUUCUGUUCUGUUUCUGUUAUGGUAACUCCUGUAGGAGCUCUGCUUGACAGCUUUCUGCUGUUAUAACGCCAAUCUUUAUUUCUCAAGCCGAUCAAAAAGACUCUUUAAAAACAGCAUAAAUGCAGUAUAAACAGUUUGUAGAGCAGCUCAUCACAGAAUGUGUAGAUGUUCCAUAAUGCAUUGAGGUAAAAUAAAAUACAUGCUAACUAAUCAUUACAGUGAAAAGGAAAAAUAAAAGGAUGUGUUCUAAAAAUAAUGAAAGGCUUGUGAGGCACACCUCAAAACGCCUAGAGGCCUGCAGGCAAGGUAGCAUGAAUAAGAAAAAAAUAGCUAUAGAUAAAAGAAAAGAACACAGGGUUGGAGCAAGAGACUGAGAAAAGGGGUCAAGUAAAGAGAAGAGAGAAGGAGAAGAGGUAGAUGUAAAAGGGAAUAAAAGGGAAAGUGAUAAAUAGAGAAGUGAAGAAUAAGAUGAGCAAGAGAGACUGGAUAAAAAUAUGCAAGAACAUGAAGUACUAACUACUCAAAUUUGUUUGUUGCUAAAGUACCCCCCCCCCUGCAUAUUGGAAUUGAAUUCUUUUAGAAAAAAAAUAUGACCAGGGGCCUAUUUUAUAUAGACUAGCAAUUAUUGUAUCUCUGUCAUGAUUGUUAACUACCAUGGUAACCUUGAUUAUGAUUGGCUGAUGAGCCCAGUUACCAUGGUAGUUGCCAUAAUGGCAAAGUUACCAUAUUUUAACUCUUUAUGAAAUGGGCCCCAGAAUUUAACAUAAAAGAGUACUAAUAUAAAUUGAUUAUACAUGUAUUCACUUACAUUUUGAAAGCAGGGAAUAUGUAUGUUGUGCAUUGUCUUUACCACAUCAUCAUUGUAGUAUGUAUUUCACAUGAAAAAAAUAUUUCAUACUCAUAUUCAGUGAUUCAAAUGAUUACACCUUUUGAAAAGGAAAAUGAUUAUAAAUCAUGUCAGUCUAUUGAAAUGAGAUAUUUUAUUCUUCAUUUCAAAGAAAAUAUUAUUCAAAUUAUGCAACUCUUGACCCUGUGUGUGUUUUGUUUCAUUCUUUAAAUGUUUCACUACUGGCUGUAUGAAAUAAAAAGAAACACAGAUUUUA